AUGCCGAAGCCAUCGAAAUCAUCCAAAGCUGGGCCAAGCUUGGAAGACGGUGGUCUUGUGGUUACCAGCCAGCAGAGUCGUUUUCAUGUCGAUGCAGUCGACGCACCUACUUCGAAAGAUAUCGAUGUCAAGGAUUUGACUCUCUCAAUCGGCGGGCGGGAAUUGCUUGACCACAUUCACUUGCGCGUUGUCGAAGGCGUUCAUUAUGUGCUCGCUGGUCGCAAUGGGACUGGCAAGAGCUCACUAUUACGAGCACUGGCAGAGAGACGAGUUCCGGGUAUCCCUAGCAAUCUCCGCCUUCUCUUGCUCGGUCAGACUAGAGUCAGCUCGGAUGCCUUGACUGACCCUGUGGAGCCGGAAGAUCCAUCGCGCUCUGUUCUGGACCAUGUCACAAGGAGCGACCAACGCAGACAACGAGCGUUGAAAAUUGCGAAUAGCUUGUCUGCGGCAAUCGAGGAGAAGGCCGACGCCAAAAAGAUUGUCAAUACCGUUCUAUCUCUCCAAGUAGACCAAGCUAAACAGGAGCUUGCAGAGGCACAGCUUAUUGCUGCUCGUCGAAGUGGUGCGAGAGGCUCCAAGGCUCGGCAGGUUCUGAUUGAGAAGGAGAAUGCUCUCAACAAAGCACAGAAACGGCUCGCGCAAUCUGACAUCGACGAGGAGCAGGAAGCCGUUAGGAUUGGCAUUGAAAUGCUAGAGACUACCAGGAUGGCGUUGGAAUCCAUGGAUGCUGGAAGCACGGAGUCUCGUGCAAGAACUGUUCUACUCGGCCUGGGGUUUUCCGAAACGCAGAUUGAGAAGCCAUUUACCUCUCUGUCUGGGGGAUGGCGAACGCGAUGUGAUCUAGCAUGCGCGCUCAUUCAACAAACGGAUGUUUUGAUGCUGGAUGAACCCACGAAUUUCCUCGACCUGCCUGCUAUAGUUUGGUUGCAACGCUAUGUUGAGUGUUCCUUGUCUAAGACUUCCGUCAUCGUGGUAACUCACGACCGUGAUUUUGCCGAUGCUGUUGCUCAGGAACUGCUCUUGGUACGUCUAAUGCCCGCGAGAACCUUGGAGGUGUUCAAAGGAAAUCUGACCGAAUAUGAAAAUGAGAAACGUCGACAAAUACGGCGAAUGACAAAGAUGGCUGAAGCUCAGGAGAAGAAAACAAAACAUAUGGAAGAUACGGUUACCAAGAAUAUCAAGGCUGCAAAGCGCACUGGAGAUGACAAAAAAUUGAAACAAGCCGCCUCUCGGAGAAAGAAGAUUGACGAGAGAUCCGGAAUGGAGGUCAGCUCAAGUGGAGGGAGAUUUAAACUCAGUGACAGAGAGGGCUUCUUCAAUUCGACCAGAGCUGACAUUGAGAUUCCCGAGUUUGACCCACCGGUCAAUAUUAUGUUGACAGACCAGCCCACAACUUUGAGAUACCCUGGACCGCUCUUCAGUUUCGAAAAAGUCUCUUUCACCUAUCCCAAAUCUGGAGUUUGGACACUCAAAGAGAUUGACCUCGUCAUGCACCCUGGCGAACGUAUCGGACUUGCGGGCCUGAAUGGCAGUGGCAAGUCAACCAUGGUCAAACUCUUGAUGGGGGCGGUCACGGGAGGGAAUCCGAGACCAACAAAAGGUUCAAUCACAGUGCAUUCCAAAGCUCGGUUCGCAUGUUACUCACAACAUGCCGUUGAAGAGCUCGAAGAAUUGGGAAGACAGCAACCCGAAAAGACAGCACUUUCCUAUCUGAUGCAGCAAGAAGAGUGGACUGGAGACGAGCAGGCUGCUCGGGGCAUGCUCGCCAAGCUCGGCCUUCGAGGGAACAUCGUCGCCGAAGUACCAUUGGCAUCACUUUCUGGGGGACAAAGAGUUCGGGUGGCUCUGGCUCAGGUGUUUUGCAGCUCUCCUCAUCUGAUCGUGCUGGACGAGGUCACUACUCAUCUGGAUUCUGACACAAUCGACGGGCUGAUUGAAGCUCUCAAGUCCUGGGAGGGGGGACUUCUACUAAUUACCCACGAUCGCCAUUUUAUGCGGUGUAUCGUAGAUCGAGAGAAGAUCGCAAGAGACGCGGAAGAGGACGAGAGUGAUAGCGAUGAGUUAGAAACCGGGACUCCAGGCACAGUCUACCACGUGCGCAAGGCUGGACUACGCAAGCUUGAAAGAGGCUUGCAACAAUAUGAAGAGCUCGUUUCCAGGACCGUAGCUAAGCUGCGCGUUUGA